AGCGGGGGCAGGGGUGCUCCUAGUCUUAUCCGAGACCGUUUUCUGAGGAUUUACAUACAGUGUGACAGAUGCUGGAGACUUAAAGUUGGGGCGGCAGCCAGGGAUUCAGGCUGUCCAAGAGAAGAUGUCAGGGUGGAGAGGCAUCAGGAAAGAAAGCCUGUUGAGCCGGUGGGAUGGUCAGUGAUGUUGUUGCAGCAACAGGAUAAGUGAGCAAAGGACUAAGAUGUCCUCACUGAAUUGGGCAAUUAGGAGGUUAUCAGACACAUGGCUAAAGUGUGCAAGUGAGGGGGUGGGGGUGACAGAGAAGCGGAAUUGCAGCGGGUUGAGGAGUGAACUGUCAGUGGAGGAACAGAGAAGGGCGUGUAGACUGUUUUUAAGAAGCUUUGCCGUGAAGUGAGAAAACCAGAGAGGUGGCUGGAGGGGGACAGGAGGUUGAAGUCAGUGGCUUUUGUUUUCAUUUUUGCUCAUUUUUGCUUUAGGAUAGGCAAGAAUUAAGUAAGUUAAGAAAGAAAUGCCUAAUUAAAGAAAUAUGUUGAGGAUCCAAGGGAAGAGGCACUCAUGGUUGGGGACGGGUGGAUGUGUAACUCUGGUAAAGGGGUAAAGGAGGAGAAGAGAACAAUGGGCAUGGAUACAUGUAACACGGGCGGAAUGAAGAGACGGUGAGGACGUUCUUUCCACUGGCCUUUAACUUUUUUGUUAAGCCCAAAAGUAGAUCUCCUGAGAGUAGAGGGAGGGUAAGGAGCUUGGAACUGUAGACUUCACAAGCUAUUCACAAAGUUUAGUGUGUAAGGCGAACAUGCUGACCACUACACUACGGAAGCACUACAAAGUUUAGUGUGGAUCAUGAGUGUGAAUGCUAGGUUGGUUGGAGGUCCCUGGAGUCUAGAUUUUGUGCCUCUCCUGUGAGCCCCAAUAGAUCCUUUUCACUUUUCAUUAAAAUCACCUGGUUGCCUUUAGGUCCCACCAGUCUGUAAGCACCUGGAGGGCAAAGAACAUAUUUGUUACAUUAACCAAUUCCAGUUCCAGUGCUUGGCUAGGAGUGGCCCCCAGGACAUCUGUUUAAUUACUGUGUGGAGUUAAGGAAAUUAAAGAGCUCAUUAUGAGCACAGUGUGUUGGACGUCAGUUUAAACAACACUUGUUGGAUACCCAUUAUGUGCCAGGACGAUACUGGCCAAAUGACGAAGAUGGAAUGUGUUGUUGAAACUGCCUAGCAGCUGGUAAGUAAACAGGAAGACUUAGGUACAGGAGGGAGUGGCCAGUAAAUCAGCACCAGGACUUGGGAGAGGGGAAAGGACAGGAGGACCUCAGAGGAAAAGAAGUGAUCGAGAAACAGUGAGAAGAAAGCUGCUGGAGAAUGUGCUUCAACAAAACGAGUCAGUAAACAGAGGAAAAUGAGGUGGAUCCAGGAAAUAGGGCGAUGGACUUAGAAGACUGGCCAAAGGAAACCUCAGGACAACAUUUGUGCACCAGGCAUAGCAAGCAGCCAGUCUGACCUGCAGCAGAAAGACAGAGGUCUGUGGACAGAGGUCUCCAGGGAGAAGAUGGCCCUGAGCAGUUAGGGGCUGAAACUUUGGGAAAAUUGUUGCUAUGUAUUUGGAAUAUUUGGAAGAAAAGAGCUCUAGUACUUAGAAAAUUAAACAAUUGGAAAAAGAAACAAUUAUGAACUCCAGGACUGAUUGAUCAUGACUUCUAUAAAGGAGCAGGCAGCAAUUAGCCGGCUCUUGAGUUUCUUACAGGAGUGGGACAAUGCUGGCACAGUCGCAAGGAGUCACAUCCUCAACAAUUUCAUUGAAACCAACCAAGGCAAGACUGCCCCUGAACUGGAACAGGAGUUUUCCCAGGGAGCCAGCUUGUUCCUGGUCCGCUUGACCACCUGGCUUCGACUCACCUAUAUGACUGGCUCGUGUUUAGAUAAGCUGCUAAGGUCCAUUGGCGUCUUUUUAUCAGCCGUCAGCAGUAAUCACUACCUUAUAGAGUUUCUUGAGGUUGGAGGUGUCCUAACACUCUUGGAAAUACUUGCAUUGGAGAAUAUCAAGGAGGAGGGCAAGAAGGAGUCCAUCAGGCUACUUCAGGUUAUUGCAAACUCCGGCAGGAAGUACAAGGAGCUCAUCUGUGAAAGCUACGGUGUACGAUCCAUAGCAGAAUUUUUGGCAAAGUCUAAGUCAGAAGAGACCCAAGAAGAAGUGCAGGUUUUGCUGGAUUCUCUGGUCCACGGCAAUCCCAAGUACCAGAAUCAAGUGUACAAAGGUCUAAUAGCGUUGCUGCCCUGUGCGUCCCCGAAAGCUCAGCAGCUGUCCCUGCAGACUCUCAGGACUGCCCAGUCGAUCGUCGGGACCACACACCCCAGCAUCGUGGACAACGUGCUCAAGGUGCUGAGCACCAUGCACCUGGAAGUCCAGUAUGAAGCCAUCGAGCUGAUCAAGGACCUGGUCAACUACGACGUGUGCCCGGCGCUGCUCAAGGGCCUCGUGGCGCUGCUGAUACCGUCCUUCAAGGAGACCAGCAAACUGCAGCCCAAGAUCCUCAACGACUCGUCGGUCCUUCAGCUCACGGCCCACCUGCCCGUGUUCCUGCAGCAGGCCGCGGCAGCCAAGGCCAUAGGGAUCCUGGCGCUCCGCAACACGAGCCUCGCGGAGGAGAUGCUGCACCUGCGCGUGGUGCACAGCCUGCUGGCCGCCAUGGGCAACACGGACCACAGCAACAGCCAGCGGCAGGCCAGCCUCACGCUGAAGUACUUCGUACAGCUGUUCCCGGUGGUGGAGGAGCACGUGCGCAAGUCCAUGGGGGAGGAACUCUACAAGCUCUUCUUCCCGGGUUCCCCUUGCUCCUGUCCUCAGAGCAACGCCGGGGACCUGUAUAUGAAAAUAGAUAGCAUUCAGGCGGACAUCUUGGCGGCCAACAAAGUCAAUGUCACCAAAGCCCUGUACCUCAGUGACCUCUCCCACAGCAACGUGAGCUUUUACUUUGGCCAUGGUAAUCAGGAUCCGGUGGCCUACAACACACACUUCCAGAAGGAGGAUGUGGAAGGCAAGGAGUAACAGAGCCUCUGAGGCAAGCCGGGAAGCCAAGGCUGUGUGGCAGGGGAGUCUGGCAGAAGGAAGGAGCCUGGGGCCAAGCUCAGCGCGACUCUUCUUGGCCCUUGGUGGGAGGCUAGGGGUUCCCCAGGCCAGUGGGGAAGAGGGAGAGCUGACUGUGAAGGGUUCAAUAAACAGUCUUACUGUCUAUCUGGUGUCUAUGUGUGGAGGUCAGAGGAAGAUGGAAUGAGACCUAUGAUGAUGCGCUGGGGGGGCCUCUGCUCACCAAGGGAAAAAGCUGAUCUGAAGGGAAGGGCCACCAACAUCCUGGAGGAUUCAAGAGCGUAGCCUGAGGAGAGGGUCUCACCUCAGCUCCCUGCUGGCUCCUGCCCUCUCCCCUCCAGGACAUGGAACCUGCCUGUUUUUUCUCCGACUUCUUGGUUGCUUCCUCUCACUCCUUUUUCCUGAUUCCUCCUCUUCAACCCAGCUUUUUUAAAGUUGGAAAGAGGAAGGACUCUGACCUUGAGCCUCCUCUCUACCUUUACACCCUAGUGAUCUCAUCCUGUCUCAGAGCCUUAAGUACCACGGAUCUGCAAUGACUCCCACAUUUCUAUUUCCGACUAAACAUUUUUACUUUAUUGUGUUGCCGAUGAAUAAAUUAGUCAGUCUAAGAAAGAAAUGGAAGAUUUUAUUCGAGCCAAAUUGAGGAUUAUAACCUAGGAACAGCCUUUCAGAAAGUAGUCAGAGCAAAGUUAUAUAAGUUUUUGAGACGGAGGCUGUACAUUAAAUGACAUACACAGUGACAUUCACACAAUCCAUAUCUACAGGUACAAAGCAGUUACUAGUCGUGGCCACUUACAAGAUUAAGAAGGAAGGUUAUCUCCUAAAGAGUUAAUCUUGCUAAUGCUAGAAGAAUACUGCUCUUCAAGGUUGAGCAGGAAUUUGCCUAUGGGGAAGUUUGGAUGACGCAUAAUGCAGAUACACAGUGCACAGGAGAGGGGAGAGAGGAGGUCAAAGGGCAGAGGAAAUUUUUUAUGUUCACAUUUUCCUUGACUUGCCUUAGAAUAUGGAUUUUUAUUUCAUCUGUGUCCAAAACUGAACUGAGGGUCCCGUGCCAUCAUCCCCAACUCAACUGAUUACAACUCAUCCUUCCUACCACUCAGAAUAAAAUAGUGGAGUUCUCCUUGAUGUCUCUCUUUAACAUCUGGAUCCAUUCUGUCUGUUGAGUCUACCUUCCAAAUAUAUCCGGAAUCCAACCAUAUCUCACUUCCUCCUUUGCUAAUACUCUCAUCUGAACCAGCAUCAUCUCUCCUCUAGGUGACUCUGCUUUCUGCUUUCACUACAGCAGCCAGAAUGGUUCUUGUAAACUUCAGAUUCUGUCACUCUGCUCAGAACCUUGCAGGGUUCUCCAUUUCACUGAGAGUAAAGCUCAAGCUCUUACUAUUACAGCCCCCAGGGCCCUAGGUGAUCUAGUCUCCCAUGACUUCAGAAUGCUCUCCUACUUCUCUGUCUAUCCUUCACUGGGCUCCAGACACAUUGGCUGUGUGUUUCUUGAAACUGACAAACAAGCUCUUGCUUUAGGGCUUUUGAACAGACCUUUUGCUGAACAGUGAGAGAGGUUGUGUUCCUAGAAGCUCUCAGCCCAGAUAUCUGCAUGGCUAACCCCCUCACCUCCUUUCAGCGCUUCACACAAAAGUCACCUUUCAAUAAGGGUUACUCUUUUUUAAGUCACAACCCACACUACUAUUUCCUGUACUCUGACACCCCCCCCCACACACACACACAGUCCCCCCACACUGCUGUUUUUUCCAUAGCACUUAUUUAUGUGUUAUUUAUUUAUUGUCUGUUUCUCCACAAGAAUGUAAGCUCUGGGGAGGGAUAUUUGUGUUCAUUACUGAUAUAGCCCAAACACAAGGUCUGGCACACAGGAAUGAAUGAAUUAUUGUGAGGGAAUUGUCCCUUCAAGUGGGAAAAAAAGAAGUCAGAUGGCAGUAAUUCUCCAGACUGCCACAAGAGGGCAUCACCAGCCCUGAUACUGAUGGUCAAAGGCAGCCCAAACUGGGAUUUUAAGCCUCAGCUUUCCUCUAGUGUGGCAGAGGGAGGAGAGAAAAGUUAACAAAAUAUUGGCAUGUUUUCCAUAAAACUAAAUGGAUUUCCUAUUCUAAAUAAGUGUCCUGUCCUUUGGUGUCAAGUAAUUCUUACUGUUUUUAGUCUUGAAAUGGCUUCUCUUUUUGUAGAAUUACAAUUUUUUAAAAAACAGUACCUUAGAAAUUUUUUGGAAAAUUUAAUUGAAAAAUCCAAAAAUCUGGAAACCACUGAUCUAAGAUGAUCAAAGUUUAACAACAGUGGAGCUUUUAAAAUGAAAUCUUAAGUAUAAUACAAAUAUCUAAAACAAAUACACAUUACAUAGAAUUUAACAUAUAUUUAUUUUCCUCCAACUUUUUAUUUUCAAAAGUUCAAAGCUACAGAAGAGUUGAAAUAAUACAAUGAAUAUCUAUAUACCUAUACCCUUUGACACAUUUGCUGUUUACUGAGCUAUUUGAAAGUUUCAGAUAUCAUGACAUUUCACUUCUAAAUACUUCAUAUUAUCUUUUUACUAAAAAUAAGGACAUUCUCACACAUAUUUAUGAUAUCAUGAUUGUGGUAGUCUGAGUAAUUGGCCUCCAAAUAUGUCCACAUCCUAAUCCCAGGAACCAAUAUAUAUGUUACCUCACAAGGUAAAAGGGAUUUUGCAGGUGUGGUUAACGAUCUUGGGAUGGGGAGAUUCUCCUGGAUUAUCUAGGUGGGCCCGAGGUAAUCACAAGGGUCCUUAUAAGAGGGAGAUAGGAGGAUCCAGAGUUAGCAACAGGAGAUAACGAGAUGACAAGACAGAAGCAAGAGGGUUGGAGUGAUGCAGGCAAGGGCUCAUGAGCCAAGGAAUAAAGUCGUCUUUUUGGAAGCUGAAAAAGGCAAGGAAACAGAUUCCCCCACCCUGAAGCCUUUAGAAAGAAUGCAGCCUUGAUUUUAGACUUCUGACCUCCAGAACUGUGAGAAGAAUAAAUCUAUGUUGUUUCAAGUCACUAAAUGGGUAGUAAUUUGUUACAGCAGAAAUAAAAUACAAUUAUUAAUUCAAUGAUAUCUCAAAGAGAAUACAUAUUAAAAAUUCCACAAAGGUAUCAAAAACAUACCUUCUGUUUUCUUCCUGUCUUCCUUUUUUUGGUAUGUUUUUGGGUUUUGAUUAGUAUCCAGUUAAGGUUUGCAUACUGCUCUUGAUUGUUAUGUAGUAUAAGUUUAUUUUUAAAGUUCAAAUUUAUAACAAUUGGUUGCUGUCUUAAUAUAACAUAAAAAUUGGAAAUCACAGAUACAACCUAUUUUUAACAGUUCUAGUUUUCAGGCUAAAUUACCUCAUAAAGAAAAUAUGUAUAUAAAUGUGUGAUACAAAAAGCAGCCAACUAUACUUCGAUUUUUAAAAGUUUUUUUAAAAAGCCAAGUUACCCGAGUGCAUGGAGAACCAGAGCCCCAGAGAGAUGGGCCUUUCCUGAACUGCUCAGGUACUGCCUUGAAAAAUGUCUGUGAACAGAUAUAUAUGCCCAAGUCUGAACUUUAAAAGUUUAAUUCAAGACCUAAAAACAAAAACAGGUUAACGGGAUAGUCCACAGGUAGCAAACAUCUGUUGUUGCCAAGCACAGGAGGCAGUUCAGGAUUUUAUGCUUGGUGGCCCCCAACGUGUGAGCAUAAAAUCGAAGCCCUGGGGACAAAGUGUAUCCACCUCCUCUGUGAAUGUACUUGAAUUCCUAAUAACGGCUUGGUUCCUGAGAGUAAGAGGCCAAUGGCGCCCUUCCCUGAACUGGCUCCUAUCUCCUUGAGGGGAGUGCAGGUCCAUCCUUCCUCCACUGUGCCACCCAGUGUAACCCUCCAAAUGCAAGUAUCUCACACACUUACUUAAACUUCUGAAAACAGAACAAAAAGGACACCCAAGCUCACUCUAAAGAUCUCUUAACUCACUUUAGAUAACACACAAAAGAAUAAACCAGCACAAACUACACAAUGACAAAAAUAAGAGAAAAAAAUAACAAAACAAUAAGUUGGUAAGUCUAGUGGCAUAUUCUGUCAAAACAACCCGGAGUCAAAAAGCCUCCUGCAGAUAGUCUAAACAAGAUAACAUGAACCCAGUGUAGUAUUUAAUCUAUUUUUUUAACAUCUUUAGUAGCCUUGCUAAAAGCAAGGCCUCAAAAAAUUGGGCAAAAACUCAGAAUUGUUCCUCUCCACGGAAAUCUUUAGUAAAAGGCGAAAGAUUUAUACGAUCUGAAGAGAAACCAGAGUAUGCUACCCUAAUGGCUCACAUAGUUCUCGGAUAACUGUCACUCCUAGAACAGCAAUGGUAACUAUUUAUCCCAAAGAGCUAGUGAGUUCUGCCUUUAUUGCUGACAAUUCUCUGAAAAUAUUCUCAUUAUCGGGGGGGGGGGGGA